AUGGCUGCUUCCAGAGGAGGGCUGGUGUUGAAAGCUGUAAAGAAAAUUAUGAUUCAGUUUUGCCCGUUUGAAAACAACGUUCGCUCCACACGAGAUUUUCUUACCAUGGUUGGUUCUGAGAAAGCCAGAUCGACAAAUAUUAACUGUGAAGUCACAACAGAAGUGAAACACGAUAAGUCUGAACCUGUUAUAGAUAUUACCUUCAUUGAUGGAGAGAGAUUAGUGAUGAAAGGAGCCAAGCUAACCACCCAAGAAAUGCUAUCCGCUCUGCAGGCUCGCUGCUCAGCUAAAGACCCCCAGGCUAAAGCUGCGGCAAAGAAGUAGUUGGUCUUUUGA